AUGGGCUCCCUACCUGAAAGCGCCCCGCCAGCCUCCUCCCCAAUCCCCAUCGUCGACUUCGCCGAAUGGAAUUCUUCGACAUCCCCAUCCACACGCCUCGCCGUCGCCAAAGAACUCAUCUCCGCCUGCCAAUCCGUCGGCUUCGUCUACAUAAUCAACCACGGCCUGCCCCAAGACCUCCUCGACAAGGCCUUUGCCACCUCAAAAGCCCUCUUCGACCUCCCCCACGAGGACAAAAUGCUCGCCCCGCACCCAGACGGCCCCGACGUCCAUCGAGGCUACUCCCACCCAGGUCUCGAGAAAGUAUCGCAGUACAUGGACGGCGACGAAUCCAUCGGCGAAAGCCUGCGCGCCGUGACGGAUAUGAAGGAAUCGUACGAAAUCGGGAGUGAAGAUAACCCCCUUCAACCAAACGUCUGGCUCCCCGAAGACGUCCUGCCAAACUUCCGCUCCUUCACCACGGAAUUCUACUGGGCGUGCAACCGCGUCGCGCAAGAGAUCCUCCGCGCCAUAGCCCUCGGCAUCGGAUUAGAAGACCCAGAGUAUCUGAUCAAAUUCCACAGCGGACACAACAACCAGCUCCGCUUGCUGCACUACCCACCCGUGCCGGCGCAGGACAUGGAAGAGGGACGCGUGGCGAGGAUCUCGGCGCAUUCGGAUUGGGGGAGUAUCACGAUGUUGUUCCAGGAUGAUUGCGGUGGGUUGGAGGUGGAGGAUCCGAGUGAGAGGGGCAAGUUUGCGCCUGCGACGCCGGUGCCAGGGGCGUGUGUGAUGAAUGUGGGCGAUUUGUUGAUGAGGUGGAGUAAUGAUUAUCUCAAGUCCACGUUGCAUCGUGUGACGCUGCCACCGCUUUCUGAUCGAUAUGAGGGGACUCGAAGGCUGACGAGAGCGCGACAUUCUAUUCCCUAUUUCGUCAGCGCAGACCCCUCGAGCCUUGUGGAAUGUCUUCCCGUUUGCACAGAUGCAGAGCGUCCGGUCAAAUACGACCCUGUAACGCAAGAUGAGUACAGGAAGAUGCGCGCAAAGGUGCAAUAUCGGAAGACGGAUAAAGAACAAGCACCGGAGGUCGUAGCUGCUGCUUGA